AUGAAGGGCGGCAAAGGCAUUGAGAACCCGGCUUUCGUCAACUCCAGCCCAGACACCCCGCGCCGUUUCUCUGCAUCACCCUCUUACGUCGAGGUCUCCGUCUUGUGCUCCAGUACUCAGAGAGAGGAUUCGCAGCCACAUGAGCCUCAGGAGCCCCCUUUGCCUUCGGCAACACACCCUGGCUCCCGAGAGCCUCAAUCGCUGUCGGAGUUCGAGGAGGGGCCGUGCGGAUGGGGGAACUUCCAACCCCAGUGUCUCCAGCUCUGCAACACGCCCCAGGGGUUUCUGGUUCUCUACUGCCUCUUGGCUCUCACGCAAGGUAUUGUAGUAAAUGGCCUAGUAAAUAUCAGCAUUUCCACUAUUGAGAAGCGCUAUGAAAUGAAGAGUUCCCUGACGGGUCUGAUAUCAUCAAGCUAUGAUAUCGCAUUCUGUUUGUUGUCUUUAUUUGUAUCAUACAUUGGUGAAAGAGGACACAAACCAAGAUGGCUUGCAUUUGCAUCCUUUAUGAUAGGACUGGGAGCACUUGUAUUCUCAUUGCCAAAAUUUUUUAGUGGAAAAUACCAGUUGGGAUCCCCUUUUGAAGAUACUUGCUUAACAACAAGGAAUACAACCAGUUGUACCUCUUCAAGUUCUUCACUUUCUAACUACUUAUACAUCUUCAUCUUGGGACAACUAUUGCUGGGAACAGGAGGAACUCCUCUCUAUACCCUGGGAACAGCCUUUAUUGAUGAUUCUGUGCCUACACACAAAUCUUCUCUCUAUAUAGGAAUUGGCUAUUCUAUGUCAGUAUUAGGCCCUGCUAUUGGCUAUGUGUUGGGAGGACAGCUGUUAACCAUGUACAUUGAUGUUGGUUUGGGACAAAGCACUGGUAUCACUGAGGAUGAUCCACGAUGGCUGGGGGCAUGGUGGAUUGGAUUUCUUCUGGCUUGGCUCUUUGCUUGGUCUUUGAUAAUACCUUUUUCUUGCUUUCCAAAACAUUUACCAGGUACAGCAGAAAUUCAAGAUGGAAAAAUUUCCCAGACUCAUCAGAGUAAUGGUUCCUUGCAAUACAUAGAUGCGAAUUUUGGAAAAAGUUUUAAAGAUUUUCCAGCUGCUCUAAAGAAUUUGAUGAGGAAUACUGUCUUUAUGUGUUUAGUUAUAUCAACAUCUUCAGAAGCCUUAGUUACUACUGGAUUUGCUACAUUUUUACCUAAAUUUAUAGAAAAUCAAUUUGGAUUGUCGUCCAGUUUUGCAGCUACCCUUGGAGGGGCUGUUUUAAUUCCUGGAGCUGCCUUUGGUCAGAUUUUAGGUGGUAUUCUUGUGUCGAAAUUCAAAAUGACAUGUAAAAACACAAUGAAGUUUGCUUGGCUCACAUCUUUAAUCGCACUUGUGCUGAGUUUUGUAUUUAUUUAUGCCAGUUGUGAAAACGAGCCAUUUGCUGGUGUAUCUGAAUCAUAUAAUGGAACGGGAGACCUGGGGAACUUGACUACUCCUUGUAAUGCCAAUUGUAACUGUAUGCGAUCAUAUUAUUAUCCUGUCUGUGGAAGAGAUGGAGUCCAAUAUUUUUCUCCCUGCUUUGCAGGUUGUAAAAAUUCUGUUUCACAGAGACAGCCAAAGAUAUAUUACAACUGUUCCUGUAUUGAAAUGAAAACAGAAAUACCUACAGCAGCAAGUUUUGGCUUUGAAGCUAAAGCUGGAAAAUGUGAAACUCAAUGUACAAAUCUGCCCAUAUUUCUUGGCGUUUUCUUUGCUACAAUUGUUUUUACCUUUAUGGCUGGUACUCCUAUAACUGUGUCCAUCCUAAGGUGUGUUAAUCAAAGGCAGCGAUCUCUAGCAUUGGGAACACAGUUUAUGAUGCUUCGAUUAUUAGGCUCAAUACCUGGACCAAUUAUUUUUGGCGUCACAAUAGACAGCACAUGUAUUCUCUGGGAUAUUAACGAAUGUGGAAUUAAAGGAGCUUGUUGGAUUUAUGAUAAUAUCAAGAUGGCACAUAUGCUAGUGGCCAUAAGUGUUACUUGUAAAAUUGUCACCAUUUUCUUCAAUGGGCUUGCAGUAUUUUUGUAUAAACCGCCACCAUUAGACACAGAUGUGUCAUUUCAAAAUCCGAAUGCAGUUGGGACUGCUGUUUCAGUAGAAUGUGACCCCCACCAAAGCAGGAAAUGAAAGGUGAAAUAGAAAAAGAAGAAAUCAUUUUACAGGUGGAAAAUUGGCCUCCAUUUGUAAGAAUGCACA